CUGUGAGAAGAGGGGUGCCACUUAUUGAGCCAAACUUUGUUCAAGAUGAUCCUGAUUGGUCCCUUGCAUACCCUGAGGCAACUGCUGCUGACAACAGCAUCUGGAAAAUUGUGUUCCAUCUCCCAGCAAAUAGAAAGACAACCAUGACUGUUGCUCAGGCCAUGACAAAUGGCUAUGGCAUAAACACUACACCAACUCGAAUUCUGGUUAGAGCUGCAUACAACUCCACAGAAAGCCAGCCUCAGGUGAUCCAAACUGUACCAAUGGCUGUGCUAAGAUCAACCACCUUUUAUAAGCAAAGAUGGAUGGUCAUGAUGGUGGACACUGCAGUUACAUGUCCUACUGAUGGAACAGCCUUCACAGAACAGAUGAUUACAUGGAAUGUUCCCCGUGUUCUACCUCCCCUUGUUCCGACGCCACAAAUUACUACCCUUGAUGUUCAAAUGGGAGUUGAUGGCCGCAAGCUUGACCCUGCAACGAUUCAUAAUAGAGAUUAUAAACUGGAUGUCGGUCCCCAGCUAAUCACUGUAAAAAUUCCUGUGGGAGCUGAUGGUGGAUAUUACAAGAGCCAUGUAGUGGACAACACCUAUGUGAUCUCUUACUCUAUUGAACCAAUGCUGGAGCAUACCUGGCAAGAUGGGCCUGAGAAGACCAAGUACACAGUACUUCAUCCAAUAACCACUCCUUUCAUGCCUCGGCCACCAGUUGUCACAAACAACACUGUUCCUAAAGCCAGAGUGUUCAAUGUGACCCUGGGGACAUUCCUGCCUGAUGUGGAGCUGGUCAAAAUUAUAGUUGGACCAGAGACGUUAACUGUGCCAGAAGCCAACCUAAAAGGUUAUAAUGUCCAGGAGCAUGUCUUUCCCAAUGGAUCCAAGACUUACACUCUCCAGGUGCCAUUUGAGGACCCCAAUGUGAAGCAAAAGGUAACUCCUCCAGACACCAGAACCUACAUUCUGCCCCUGACCUACUUGCUGAAUAUAGUGCCAGAGAAUACACCCUUUACUCAUCCUGCUGUAGUUGAAGCCAUUCUCAAAGACAUCAUUCUACCUACAGUAACUGGCUACUGUGAUGGUGCUGCAUUCUAUACCAUGGUAACAUAUGGCAACAUGGGUCGCAACUGGGUUCCUUUUGUGGGCUCAAGAGAACUUGGUGGAAGUCUGCUUGCCCUGUACAAGUAUAAUGCCAAUGCUACCAAUUUCUGGAUGACUGUGCCAUACAAUUCAGUUGAUGCCACAUAUGAAGUGAUCAGUUCUUCGGGCAUCAGAAGCAGGCUUGACUUGACCUUGAAGGAUGUUGGGACCAUGGUUGUGGUGGCUGACUUUUCUCUGUCCUGCAGUUUCCCUACAAAGAUGAUUGUUUGA